ACUGCGCCGCCGGGUUGGCUGCUGCUCCCUGAGGCCGGACUCAACGGAUUCGGGCCGCGCCGUCGGGCGCGCUCGCCGCCCGGCUACAGUCCGGAGCUAGAGAGCGAGCGGGCGAGCGAGCGAGGCGGCGCCGCACGAUUUGAUUGUAAAUGCAUCACGAAGAGAAAACCCAGAAUGAAGAAAGCAAGCAGGAGUGUUGGCUCAGUGCCUAAAGUGUCUGGGAUAAGCAAAACGCAAACAGUAGAAAAAACGAAACCCGAAAACAGCUCUUCAGCAUCUACUGGCAGCAAACUUGUCAAACCCGGAACAGCAGCAGCAUUGUCAAAGACCAAGAGCAGUGAUGACCUUCUAGCUGGAAUGGCUGGAGGGGUGUCAGUAUCUAAUGGUGUAAAAGGAAAGAAGAGCACCUGCCCAUCUGCAGCAUCUUCAGCAUCAGCCCCUGCCAUGACCACGGUGGAGAACAAGUCCAAGAUUGGUACAAGCACAAGUUCAUCAACCAAGCGGAACACUUCCAGUAACAAAGAAUCCAGUUCGACCAGAGAGAGAUUGCGUGAACGUACUCGUCUCAGCCAGAGCAAAAAACUACCUUCUGCUGGUCAGGGGGCUAAUGAAGUGGCGUUGGCUAAACGUUCUCGCAGUCGCACUGCCACGGAGUGUGACGUUCGUAUGAGCAAGUCUAAGUCAGACAAUCAGAUCAGCGACAAAGCUGCUUUGGAAGCCAAAGUGAAAGAUCUCCUCACACUGGCCAAAACUAAAGAUGUGGAAAUUUUGCAUUUGAGAAAUGAACUUAGAGACAUGCGUGCUCAGCUGGGCAUUAAUGAGGAUCAUUCAGAGGGUGAUGAAAAAUCUGAGAAGGAAGCCAUUAUUGUGCACCAGCCUACUGAUGUCGAAUCCACUUUAUUGCAGUUACAGGAGCAGAACACCGCCAUCCGUGAAGAACUCAAUCAGCUGAAGAAUGAAAACAGGAUGCUGAAGGACAGGCUGAAUGCGCUGGGUUUUUCCCUUGAGCAGAGGUUGGACAAUUCUGAAAAAUUGUUUGGUUAUCAGUCCCUGAGCCCAGAAAUCACACCUGGCAACCAGAGUGAUGGUGGAGGGACUCUGACGUCUUCAGUGGAAGGCUCAGCACCUGGCUCUGUGGAGGAUCUCUUGAGUCAGGAUGAAAACACCCUCAUGGACCAUCAGCACAGUAACUCCAUGGACAAUCUGGACAGUGAGUGCAGUGAGGUCUACCAGCCUCUCACAUCGAGCGAUGAUGCCCUAGACGCGCCUUCAUCCUCCGAGUCAGAAGGCAUCCCAAGCAUUGAGCGCUCUCGGAAGGGGAGCAGCGGGAAUGCCAGUGAGGUGUCUGUGGCUUGCUUGACAGAACGGAUUCACCAAAUGGAAGAGAACCAGCACAGUACCAGUGAAGAGCUGCAGGCAACUCUGCAAGAACUAGCUGAUUUGCAGCAGAUUACCCAAGAGCUGAACAGUGAAAAUGAAAGACUCGGAGAGGAGAAGGUGAUUCUGAUGGAGUCCUUGUGUCAGCAGAGCGAUAAGUUAGAACAUUUCAGCCGACAGAUUGAGUAUUUCCGCUCCCUGUUAGAUGAGCAUCACAUUGCCUAUGUCAUAGAUGAGGAUGUCAAAAGUGGACGUUACAUGGAAUUAGAGCAGCGUUACAUGGAUCUGGCUGAGAAUGCCCGCUUUGAACGAGAGCAGCUUCUCGGCGUCCAGCAGCACUUAAGCAAUACUUUGAAGAUGGCUGAACAAGACAAUAAGGAAGCUCAAGAAAUGAUAGGGGCCCUCAAAGAGCGCAAUCACCAUUUGGAGCGCAUUAUUGAGUCUGAGCAGAAAGGCAAAGCAGCCUUGGCCGCCACGUUAGAAGAAUACAAAGCCACAGUAGCUAGUGACCAGAUAGAGAUGAAUCGCUUGAAGGCUCAGCUGGAGAACGAGAAGCAGAAAGUGGCCGAACUGUACUCCAUCCAUAAUUCCGGAGACAAGUCUGAUAUUCAGGAUCUCCUGGAGAGCGUCAGGCUGGACAAAGAGAAAGCAGAGACUUUGGCUAGUAGCCUGCAGGAAGAUCUGGCUCACACUCGAAAUGAUGCCAACAGGUUGCAGGAUGCCAUCGCUAAGGUAGAAGAUGAAUAUCGAGUCUUCCAAGAAGAAGCUAAAAAACAAAUUGAAGACUUGAAUAUGACUUUAGAAAAAUUAAGAACAGAACUUGAAGAAAAAGAGACAGAACGGAGUGACAUGAAAGAGACCAUCUUUGAACUUGAAGAUGAAGUAGAACAGCACAGAGCUGUGAAACUUCAUGACAAUCUCAUUAUUUCUGAUUUAGAGAAUACAGUUAAAAAACUCCAGGACCAAAAGCAUGACAUGGAAAGAGAAAUUAAGACACUCCACAGGAGACUUCGGGAGGAAUCUGCUGAAUGGCGGCAGUUCCAAGCUGAUCUUCAAACUGCAGUGGUCAUUGCAAAUGACAUUAAGUCUGAAGCCCAGGAGGAGAUUGGUGAUCUGAAGCGCCGGUUACACGAGGCACAAGAGAAAAAUGAAAAACUCACUAAAGAAUUGGAAGAAAUAAAGUCACGCAAACAAGAGGAAGAGCGAGGCCGAGUAUAUAACUACAUGAAUGCUGUUGAGAGAGAUUUGGCAGCCUUAAGGCAAGGAAUGGGACUGAGUAGAAGGUCUUCUACGUCCUCAGAGCCAACCCCUACAGUCAAAACCCUUAUCAAGUCCUUCGACAGUGCAUCUCAAGUGCCCAACCCUUCUGCAGCUGCAAUUCCACGAACACCUCUAAGUCCAAGUCCUAUGAAAACACCCCCUGCAGCAGCUGUCUCCCCUAUGCAGAGACAUUCCAUAAGUGGACCAAUCUCUACAUCAAAACCCUUGACAUCCUUGUCAGAUAAAAGACCAAACUAUGGGGAAAUCCCUGUUCAAGAACAUCUAUUAAGAACAUCUUCAACCAGCCGACCUGCUUCUCUUCCAAGAGUACCUGCCAUGGAAAGUGCCAAGUCCAUAUCAGUGUCUCGCAGAAGUAGUGAGGAAAUGAAGCGAGAUAUCUCUGCACCAGAAGGAGCAUCACCUGCCUCCCUCAUGGCUAUGGGGACCACAUCACCACAGCUCUCGCUUUCCUCCUCUCCCACUGCCUCUGUCACCCCCACCGCCCGGAGCCGCAUCAGGGAAGAAAGAAAAGAUCCUCUCUCAGCGCUGGCGAGAGAAUAUGGAGGCUCAAAGAGGAAUGCUUUGCUGAAGUGGUGUCAGAAGAAAACAGAAGGUUAUCAGAAUAUUGACAUUACGAACUUCAGCAGCAGCUGGAAUGAUGGUCUGGCCUUCUGUGCACUGCUGCACACAUACCUUCCUGCCCACAUUCCUUAUCAGGAACUGAACAGUCAGGAUAAGAGAAGGAACUUCACCCUGGCAUUCCAAGCAGCGGAAAGUGUCGGCAUCAAAUCCACUCUGGAUAUUAACGAGAUGGUGAGGACUGAGCGGCCCGACUGGCAGAAUGUGAUGCUGUAUGUGACGGCCAUCUACAAAUACUUUGAAACCUGAGCAAGUCCCCAGGAGGGCCCCACCGCAGUCCCGAGGGACACCGCCAUUCGCUACGCGCCCUGUAAUGCUUCCAGCCACUCUCUGGGGGCCUGUGGCUCACGACUCGGACCCGUCUCCUCCCACAUGGCCUGUCCAGUCAGAAGUCAGGCUGGCCCCAGAACCACACAGUGAUCGGCUGCUGGAGUUUUUCUUCCG